UCAGCGUUCCAUUGGCGUGCGUUGCUGGUAUCAUCUCACCCCCUUGAGAGCUUCAUGGGAAAAUUCGCAGAGGGGAAGGACCUGCGGGGAUCUCGAGAACUGAGGAGCUUUCGGUGGGAGAGGAUGUAACUGACUUUGUCCCGUGUUUCGCGAUUAGGACUUCACCUGCUGUCGACUCGAGCUUCUUAUCAGCAGUUUGACCUCAUCGGGCAGGAAUGAGCCGUCACAGCCUCUUGCCGUUGGAUGCUGAAGGUCGGAGGUGAAGAUGCUGAGCUCACUGGCUGCCAGGCCGUAACUAUGGUCGUCGAGGUGAGGCCUCCUCCCAUUUUGUCACCAUGCUGGAAAACCCCGCCAUCACUGCCCCUUACAUCGUGGUGGAGCUGCUGAUUGCCAUCUUCUCCGUGUUGGGCAACGUGCUGGUCUGCUGGGCCGUGUUCCUCAACAGCAACCUGCAAAGCAACACCAACUUCUUUGUGGUGUCGCUGGCUGUGGCCGACAUCGCCGUGGGCGUCCUGGCCAUUCCCUUCGCCAUCGUCAUCAGCAUCGGCUUCUGCUCCAACUUCUACGGGUGCCUCUUCAUCGCUUGCUUCUUGCUCGUUCUCACCCAGAGCUCCAUCUUCAGCCUGCUGGCCAUCGCUAUGGACCGCUACAUCGCAAUCAAGCUACCUCUCAGGUAUAACAGUCUGGUGACAGGUCAGCGGGCGCAGUGCAUCAUUGCCAUCUGCUGGGUUCUCUCCAUCAUCAUUGGUCUCACCCCAAUGAUGGGCUGGCACAAGUUCUCUGAGAAGAAUACCCACGAGUGCCCACCGGGUCUGAUGACGUGCCUCUUCGAAGAGGUGGUGGUUAUGGAUUACAUGGUGUACUUCAACUUUUUUGCCUGUGUCAUGAUUCCCCUGCUGCUGAUGCUGGCCAUCUACCUGUGCAUCUUCAUGGCAGCUCGUCACCAGCUCAAGCUCAUUGAGGUCAAGGCGGUUCACGGGGAAAAGUCUCGCUCCACUCUCCAAAAAGAGGUCCAAGCUGCCAAGUCUCUGGCCAUCAUAGUGGGACUGUUUGCUGUCUGCUGGCUGCCAUUACACAUCAUGAACUGCUUCACUCUGUUCUGCCCCGAGUGUCAGCGUCCUCCGCUCUUGAUCUUCUACGUGGCCAUUAUCCUGUCGCACGGCAACUCGGUGGUCAACCCCUUCAUCUACGCCUACCGCAUCCGAGAGUUUCGGCAAACCUUCCGGAAAAUCAUCCGUCGCCACAUCUUGGGCCGGCAAGAGCUGCCGGAGAAAAAAGGUAGUCAGCGCAACUCGCUUCACAGAAGCUUCACAAACUCCAUCAGGCUCAAGGCAAACGGUCUCAGCUUUGACCUUUGCACCCAGCAGGGCAGCAGCAACUCUGAAAACUCCGCUCAUGUCUCCCCCGUAGGGGGCGGUCUCUUGGCGGUAUCCCAAACGCCUCUGUCACUUGUGGUCCCGAAUGGUCCCAAAAUGCAUCCCAUCAGACAGACUGAAGUACCCAUCUGUCAUCAUCGGCAGUUUUUGGCGGCAGCGGAGGCUGCGGAGGAAUAUAAACUGCAGAAGCAGAUCGCCGCCCAGGUGGAACCACAGUUUAACAGGCAGAACAGGGAAAGCACCCCGAGUGAGCUGACUAAAGCAUCUUGACACACGCAGCAUUCAGUCAUCAACACAACACUGGUCAAUUGGGUUUUGAAAUACUGAGCCAGCCUGAGGAAACAUGCUGCCGAUCUCUCUAAAGCAGUGAUUUCCAAAUAAUGUGCCCCAAAACAUCAUCGGCAUCUUCGGCCCUGGGAAAUGAUUCAAUUUGGUCUGAAAAUGAUUGACUAUCAAUCGUGGAUCUUUGUUCAACUAUCCAUACCAGUGACACAUAGUGGCAGGCAGAACAACUAAAUGCUCCCCCACUUUGUGGCAGAAGGUACAUGCAGUCAUUAUUGUCAGAUUUUUUUAUUUGGUGGUGUGCAGUGAGAUUUUGUUUUUUCCCAACGUAAAAUACAAUCCUCUGUGUUAGCUCAAUAAAGGUCAGGAAGAACUGCUCGAAACCAAAGGUCAAACUAAAACCCCGGGGGCCAGAUCCAGCCCGCCGAUCACUUUUUGCGGCCCACUAAAGCAAAACAAGUGUGUCUACUUCCAUUUACUUCAAUUUCUUUAUUCUUACAGAUAUUACAAGCAUUGUUUUUGGACGAGUAUUUCUGGACUUUGUGUUUGUAGCAUGCUCUGGGUAACUGAGUAUAUACGAUUUGGUUUUAGACUCUGGAAAAUGUAUUCGCCUAACAAAAGAUUUUCAAACCUCAAUCAAUCAAUUCUGUCCUCGCAACUAUUUGCAUGUCAUGUUCAUUUGCAGGAUCUUCAGUUGCUUGGGAAGUGAUACGAUAAUUUAAAAGAAAUUGAUAUGCCCUUGGAGAUGACGUACUAAACACUGUAAUCUGAAAUGAUGGCAUCUAAUCUUGGGAAAGGAUCGUUUGCAGAAUUUGGCACACUUCUUAUUUGGUGAGUGUUUUGAUUCAAAUGUAUCCGCAAUGUUUUCAAGUUCAGACUUUCUGAGUUGGGCAUCACAAAUCAUUUGAACCCGCUUGUAAAUGAUUUCAUCUCAUCCGUGGGCAAGUUAAGAGUUAUAUUAUGCUCUCAAGACUUAAAUUGGCCGUAGAUGGAAUCUCUCAAGUGCUCGCUUGAACUGUCUAUUCAAUUGAAGUUAUUUUUGUACUGUACUUCCGUUAAAUAGAAGGUCACAAUAUUUAUUUUCUCCCAAGUUAUCAUUCUGGCUUUCGGAAUCGUUCCAGCAUUUCCAUUGGCUCUGUAAGAGUUGGGGUCAUUUCUCAUAUUAGAUUGGGAAUUAUUGGAGAAAGAUCUGGUUUACCCAUCCUGGGAAAAGCGUAUUUAAUCAGUCAGUCUAUCUUUGGAGCUCUUUAUUUUCCCAGUGUUACUCUCGGUUCCCCUGUGAGUUCAGGUUAGAAGAGUCAGGGCCUACUUCUGUUUGAAAUGGUCCCCAGGGGGCAAAAGUACUUUUUCAACAUUUACCACAGAGACUGCCGGGGUCUACGUCCUCAGUUUCUAUUCUGAUGGGUUGACCAUAUGGCUAAAAUGCAUGUUAGUUUGCAACAGUACAAAAUAAGGACAUCAUUUCUGCUUGUUGCUAUUUUCACCAUUCAGAACUUCUGUAUUUUAGACAAGCUCAGAGUGGUGGGUCAGCAAAUGUAAUAAAAGGGCUGGAAAAUGCAACGCAAAAUGAUUAUACUUCACACUGUCUGCACUCACAUUUCAAGAAAUCACGAGCUAUAUACUCCUAAUAAAUUAAAAAAGGUUACUGCUCAACCUUUCCCAACUUACGCACGAUGGUUUCACUCAGGUUCACAUCGUGAAAUAGUGUGCAUACUGUGCAUAUCGCCAACAGGGACUGCAGCCUCGCCCGUGGUUUCAUUGCAACUCCCUGCUGAGUUCAACUAUUCAUUGUCAAAGGGAAAUCCGCCAAGCAAGCAAGCAAGCAAGAGCCCCCCCCCCACCCCACCCCUCUCAUUUUGCGACACUGACACUUGCUGGCGGUUCACCCAAACUACACCUAAUCUGGGACUGGAUAUUCAUACAUUGAAGAUGGAAACAAGUUACAUGUUGAAGGUUCAAAGAAAAGUUUUGAAAUGGUCGCACAGUAAAAAUGAUUGGAUCAUUUUGGUUGAUCAUUACUACUUGUACUCAUUUGGGGUGUGGGUGAUCAGGAGCUUUUCCCAGCCAAUCGCGGAGGCUCACACACACGCACACAGAAAAAAAGGCCUUUCAAUUGAAUGAAUUCGAACAUCAGUUGCACAUGAUUACAAUGUGGUAAACUGCUGUCAUAAGAAAUAAAAUAAAAAAGCCUUCUCCUGUGAAAUGACGCCAGUUAACCACAUUGCAAUUAUGUGCAACCUGAUGUACACAUUUUCAAACCAACUAAAUUCAAGACUAUUUGUCAGUAUGGACAAACAUUUGCACCUUUCAGUCUUCAAUGAAUGUAAACUUCCCCCCUGGCAUUGCGACUUUCUACUCCACACAGGUGGAAAGGAUUCGAACCAUGAACCUCGCAACUGUGAGGCAACGUGCUGCGGAUAAUAACAGCCCACCAAAUUACAUUUUACAUUUAAUUGUAUUAUUACAACCCACCCAUUUAUUCUUAUGUAUUAUUAUCCAUCCAUUUUCUGCACCGAUGUUAUCUAUCAUUUGCUCAGAUUUUAAAGAUUCAUUUUGCACUGAAAAUGCUACAUAUCCAUUUUCUACACCGCUUCUCCUCACCAGGGUCACUGGCGUGCCGGAUCCUAUCGCAGCUAUCUUCGGGCGAGAGGCGGGGUACACCCUGAACCGGUCGCCACACACAUAGAAACAAACAACCAUUCCACCUACGGGCAAUUUAGACUCAGCAUUCAUGAUGUUGGCACACCAGCACACCUGCCGAUUGUGAGGAAAAAGUGUGGGUGUGAUGAAGAACCUGAUCUGAACAGAUUAUCAAUGUUGAGUGCAGAGCAGUUUAUUGGUCCUGCCCGAAUGCAAGUCAUCUCCUAUUCUUCACCCAUGCAAGCAAUACUUCAUCAUUCUUUCCACGAGAAAUAUUUGACAUCCUCGUUGUUGAGUUUUUUUGUUAUCUCGUCCCCUUUGACAAAGUGCAGUGACCCCAGGUUCAUCCCGACGUUGCUUCACAUGUAAGCCGUGCAACGCUUUCCCAUGUUACCAAGGCGACUGACCCGUUACACCAGCCUGGGUUGCAGCACUUGUCUCGUCUUCACGUGUUUCCGGACGCUUACGGGCCAGACGAUGAAUUUUGACUUUCGUCGGCCUGCUCAUGAGUUUCCUCUGCCUGUUUUUACUCUGUACUUUUGGGUCCUCCCGAGAAGCUGAGGUCGUGUCAUCCUGCCGAGUUGCGGUGCGAUCUUGAGGGGCUUUUCCGGUCUUUUCCCCCUGAAGUGCGUCACUUGUCACACCUUCCUCAGUUGCUCCAGUUGUCUCAUCCUCCUCAGGAAUUUCAGGGAGAUAAAGUGUCACCAUUUCUUGUCCGUUUCGGCAUUUCCUUUGCUUCUUUUCAAGGGACAUUUUUUUCAGCUUGUGGUGGAUCUGUAGGAGCGCCAGUAUGCAUUUCCAAGUCCUAAAACAGAUAUUCCAUGCAAAAUAAUCAUAGUGACAAAGGCAUCAAAGUCAGCAAAGCCCUUACUUGUCUUUCUUUGUUACCUCCAUCACCUCUUUGAAAUGUUGUAAUAUAUUUCUCUACAGUAUAGUAUUUUGUUUUAUGGUGUGUCAAUUUAAUGUGCCCAUCUGCCAUGCAUCUACCGUGAAAAUGUCUUUCCAGUUGAAAGAUGUUUGAGGGUUUUCCUGCAUGUGAUACUCUUGGAUGAGGGUGGGACUCAACUUAAAACACCCUCUACAGGAUUAAAUAAUAAUAAUAAAAAAUAUCUCAUUUGGUGAUCAGAUAAAUGGUAUUUUAGAGAAUAAGCUCUGGGUGGGACAGCACGAUAGGGUUGUGGUGAGCACAUCUGCCUCACAGUUCUGAGGUCUGGGGUUUGAAUCUUGGCUCUGGUGUUCCUGUGUUUCAGGGUAUUCUGGUUUCCUCGCACAUUCCAAAAAAAAAAAUUUUUUUUUUGGAAUGUGCGAUGUGUUCAGGAGGAGCGGUGUGGUUUUUGUCCUGGCC